AUGACUGAUCCAAUGUUCAAUAAGCCAGCGCGUAUAGAUAUUUUAAUUGGUGCGGAAAUUUUCUUCGAUUUGUUGUCGAUUGGACGAAUUUAUCUUAAUGAAAGGUUGCCAACCCUACAGAAAUCCAUACUAGGGUGGAUAGUUACAGGCAAAGCAGAAGAAUGUUUAGCGCCUAGUCAUAAAAUAAAUAAUAUGCUGGUCAAUCACAACCAUAAUGAGAAUGAAAACUUGAGUCAAUUGGUUGAAAAAUUCUGGAAAAUAGAACAGAUUUCAACUAAAUCAAAUUUUUUAACCGAAGAAGAAGAGGAAUGCGAGAAAAUUUUCCGUGAAUCAAUUCGUAGAGAUACAUCUGGCCGAUUUACUACGAAAAUUCCAUUUAAAACAACAGUAAGUGAUUUGGGUGGUUCCUAUAAUGCUGCCAAACGACGGUUGCUGUCACUAGAGCGUAGAUUGAGUAGAAAUCGCUCUACACGAGACGCUUACAACGCAUUUAUGGAUGAGUACCUCUCUUCAGGUCACAUGACGAUCGUUGAAGAAGCUGAUAUGGAUAAGAUAAAAUAUUUUGCACCGCAUCAGUAUGUGCUACGACCAGACUCCACGAGUACGAAACUUCGAGUUGUGUUCGAUUGUAGCUGUAAAACUGACAGUGGCUUGUCAUUAAAUGAGGUAAUGAUGAAAGGACCACUGGUUCAAGAUGACCUGUUAUCUAUAAUACUGCGAUUUAGAUGUUACAAAUAUGCAAUUACGGCAGAUGUAACAAAAAUGUAUCGCCAAGCAUGGGUGACUGAUGAUGAUGCGAAUUAUCAAACGAUUUUGUGGAGGUCUUCCUCAGAUGAAAACAUAAAGGGCUAUCGCUUGCGAACCAUUACUUAUGGAACAACAUCUGCCCCCUAUUUAGCUACAAGAUGCUUAAAACAGUUAAGUGAAGAUUAUAUCGAUAAAUAUCCGAUUGGAUCGAGAAAGGUGUUAUCUGAUUUUUAUAUGGAUGAUUUGAUCAGUGGAUCAAACGAUGAAGAUGAAAUUUUUGAAAUAUAUAAUCAAGUAUCAGCAAUAAUGAACUCAGCAAAAUUUAAGUUAAGGAAGUGGUUUUCAAAUAGUGAAAAAUUUCUUAAUUUCGUACCUGAAGCUGAUAAAGAAAAGACUCUUCGGAUGAAUGAUGAGGAAAUAAUAAAAACUCUUGUUAUCAUCUGGGCUCCAGUGGGAGAUACGUUUCGAUACGUUUGGCCAGAUUUUGAUAGCUCGAAAGCGGUGACAAAAAGAAUAGUGUUGUCGGAACUAUCUAAGUUGUUUGAUCCCCUUGGGCUUAUUAACCCAUUAAUCGUAAAGGCGAAGAUUUUCAUGCAAGAUUUGUGGAUAUUAAAGGCUAAUUGGGAUGAAUCCCUACCAAUGAAUUUACAUAGUCAAUGGAUAGAAUUCCGCGAAAAUCUAAAAGACGUCAAGAAAAUAAGUGUGCCUCGAUUUGUUUUGGCAGAAAAACGAGUUGCUAGAGUUGAAAUGCAUGGAUUUGCUGAUGCAUCAAAAAGAGCUUUCGGGUGUUGUAUUUAUAUCCGCUCAGUAUGUGUGGACAACGACGUUACAAUGCAGUUGUGGAGUGCUAAAUCCAGAGUAACGCCAUUAAAAACUUUAUCUUUACCAAAAUUGGAACUUUUGGCUGCGAAAUUGCUGUCGAAACUAGUGACAAAAACCAAAUCCAAUUUUCUAAUUUCUAUUGGAUUCCGAAAUUGUGCUAGAUUGGCUGAGCGAGCACCCAUCAAAUUGGAACACAUUUAUUGCCAACCGGGUAUCAUUGAUUCAAGAGCAGACAAAAACGUGUAUUUGGCGGCAUGUUCCUUCAAAGUCUAA